CACCUGUUUCCUAAUUUUGGGGAUGAAUAUUUUUUUCACUGUCCAUGGCUUGCCCUCCUGUGCCAUGGAAGAUGAAGAGUGUCGUGAUCGCUUGAUGCAUCCUGAUUUACCCGAAGAUCCUCGCUACCAUGCAAGGGCAGUUGAUGGCGAAAAGAGUUCGGCAUAUUGGCUAAAUCAGGGCAAGAAAUUUGUGGAAACGAAAACAACGACACCUUUGAAUAAGAAAAAGGCGAAAAAUGUCAUUAUGUUCCUGGGAGAUGGUAUGGGUUUGACCACCACGGCGGCUGCCCGUAAUCUGCUGGGUGGUGAACAUUCCGAACUGUCCUUUGAGAAAUUCCCACAUGUGGGCUUGGCCAAAACCUAUGCCGUUGACAAAAUUGUAUCGGACUCUGCCAAUACGGCCACUGCCUAUCUCUGUGGCGUUAAGACCCUCUACGGAACGCUGGGUGUCAAUGGCAUGGUGGAACGUGGAAAUUGUCGAGCUAUGUUGGAUAAGGCUAACCAUGUCAGUUCCAUUGCCCAGUGGGCCAUUGAUGCUGGAAAAUCGGCGGGAGUGGUCACAACAACACGUAUUACCCAUGCCUCACCGGCUGGAGCUUAUGCCCACAUUUCGGAACGUGAUUGGGAAGAUGAUACGGAAGUGGUGAAGGCAUGUGGUCGUGACUCUGGCAUUGAUGACAUUGCCCUACAACUGAUACAUGGAGAGACGGGUGGUAAAUUCAAAGUCAUGAUGGGAGGUGGAAGAAGGCAUUUCGUGGACUCCUCUCUCCAGAAAAAGGGAAAACGUUCCGAUGGCCGUAAUCUCAUCGAUGAAUUCAAGUCCCAGAGUCCACGCAAUGCCUAUGUCGAGACAAAGGAAGAAUUGGCCAAUUUGAAUCUGCAGGAAGUUGAUAGGGUUUUGGGUCUAUUCCACGAUUCCCAUUUCGAUUUCCAUUUGGAUACCGAUGUCGAGUCGUCAACGCAACCCACCUUGGAGGAAAUGACUCGACGUACCAUUGAAUUACUGAGCCAGGAUGACAAUGGCUAUUUUGUGUUCAUUGAGGGUGGGCGUAUCGAUUCAGCCCAUCAUGAUAACACCCCACGCAAGGCCCUCGAUGAGACAGUGGAAUUUUCCAAGGCCAUUCAAUUGGCCCGCGAAAUGACCAGUGAGGAUGAUACCCUGAUUGUGGUGACGGCUGAUCAUUCACAUGCCUUCUCCUUUAAUGGAUAUCCGUACCGCGGCAGCGACAUCUUUGCCGCCUCGCCCACCAAACCCAACGACAAAAUUCCCAUGAUGGUCCUAAGCUAUUCCAAUGGUCCGGGUUAUGAGAAAUUCUAUGAUGCCAUCAAUGGUGUACGCCAUGACCCCACCACGUUGAUGAAGGGUCAACCCAAUGAUGUAUAUCCCGCCACCUUCCCCCGCGACUCAGAAACCCAUGGCGGUGAGGAUGUGGCCGUCUAUGCUUCAGGACCAUGGUCUCAUUUGUUUACCGGUGUCUAUGAACAGAAUGCCAUUCCCCACAUGAUGGCCUAUGCCCUGUGUGUGGGUAAGGGGUUGAAGGCAUGCGAUUAGAUUAAAAUUUAAUAAUAGACUAAUUAUCGGAACAACUGUAGUUUAAGAUAUGAAAAUGGAGAUGUGAAAAAAAAUUCUGAAG